ACCAGGGUGCAUCGUAAAAUGAAAAGGUGAAGAUUCACUUUGACUUGCAUUUUAAACUUGCUUAUAAAUAUUUAAAAGUUUUAAUUUUUUAUGUAAUGAUGUGAAAGCUAUAAUUAAUAUAAAUUGUGCGUGUUUCGCGUUGCUGAUUGAUUGCACUGAUGAGGAAAUUACUUUCUCUGCUUAACUUAGCAUUCUUGAAUACAACAACAUAUGUUAUUUAUAUUGUAUUUGUUUUCUUAACAAUGCAAUAAAUAGGACAUCAGAUGCAUAUAAAUGCACACUUACGUGAAUAACAAUUUGCUUGGUGCUUCCUGAUUGAUGUAUAUUUUUAAAUAUUUUUAAAUCAAAAUGAGUAUUGCUCUAGUAUCCGAAUACCUAAAAACCUAUGAAGGAAGGGAUAAGUUUUUAAGAACAUUAUCUUAUAUGGCAAAAUUGGCUACAUUGGGUGCUUCUUCAAAGGAAAUGGAAAAUAAGUUAAAAAUAUUUGGUAGCCAAAUGAGUGAAUGUAGGGUAAUUCUAAGAUUAUUAGAUGAUAUACCAAUGAUACAUUAUGCUCUAUCAUAUGGUUGGGGAAAGGAGGAGCCAGAUUGGUUGAUCAGAUGGGCAGAACUGAUACAGAUUGCAGUGAAUAUUGUAUUUUGUCCAGUAGAACACAUUUCUUGGGCUGGUACACGUAAAUUAAUUAAACUUGAUGCUAAAGCAUGGGAUAAUGCUACAACAUGGUUUUGGAUCAUUUCUCUACAUUUGUCACUGGUGAAGUCCCUAAGAAAACUAAAAAAGUUUAACAAUUAUAAAACACAUCUUUCUGAAACUAAUUAUGAUACAAGAAUAGCUCUAAAAACUAUAAGUAAACAAAGAUCAAAUGAGCUAUUGACCUGCAUAAGAUUGAUAUUAGAUAUAAGUUAUGCAAUAAGUUACUUACCACCUGGUAUAUUUUGGGGAGGUCAAUUAAAAACUUGGCAUGUAGGAGCACUUGGAACAAUAUCUUCUUUGAUUGGUUUGUAUCAAGCACUAAGAAAACGAUCAGAAUGUAAGAAGUAUUUUUGAUACUUAAUGUAUAAAUUAUAUAGAACAGUAUUAGAUACUACAUAUGAAUUUACAACAAAAAUCGUGAUCUUUAAUGUUAUUUUUACCUCUACUAGAAGUUUUUCCUUCUAGCAGAAAAUAAUUUGCAAUAAAUAAUACACAUAAAGAAACCCUAGUCUCAUUGUUUUAAUUCUUUGAUAUAAUUUCGUAGAUUAUAAAACAAUGCUAUGUUAACAUAAUAAAGAACAAUUUAUUAUUUUUAAUAUAUUAGUUUUGUGUUACAAGGUAUGCUUUAACAAGGAUUCGUGUAAUAGGAAAAAAGCUAGAGCAAUACAAAUUAUUGAUACUCGGAUAAAGCUUACUUGUUUUUAUGCUAAUAAGUGUACUUAUAUAUGCUUAAUAGUAUUCGAAUCAGUUUUACAUGUGUUUCGAAUCUCGUUAUUUAUAAACAAUAGACAUAGGUUGUAUUAUCAAUAAAAGUGAAAGAAUAGGAGGCACUUUUCAUAUGAACGUAAAAAAAAUGGUAUUUUUGCUACCUAGGGCAUUGUGUAAUCGUUGCCUCACGUGUAGUUAAAUCUCUUAAAAGUUUUAAGAAAGUUUGACAUUUUUUUUAAUAAUAGAUCACCCUAUAUUGUGUGGUUAUCAAUGAUUUAAAAAUAAUUUGUGUUUUCCACAUUAGAAUAAAAUCUAUGGAGAUUACAUUAAAAGGCACGACUUAUUAAAAGUUUGUAAACAAGAUAUUUUCGAUAAAAGAGCAUCUUUAAAAUUUCCAACGGCUCAUUGUCGUUUGGCCGCUAAUUCAUUUAGUUUCUUUUUAGUCUAAGAUUUUUGUUGACAUUCAUCUGUUUAGAAUCAUUCUUAUUGUUAGGCAUAGCAAUCCGGUUUUUUAACUAAAAACUUUAUGGAUACAUUCGAAGCUUCUGUAGAAUAUAUAUUUAUAUAUUAUUUUGUAUGUUGUAUUAAAGCACUUCAUAUGGGUAUCAUCCUAUGUAUAUAGUAAUCAUGUUAUUUGUUAAUUAUAUUUGAUGUUAUAACACGAUAUAUUUUUUGUAUUUGUUCCACUUUUUUAAAUCAAGCAAAAUUUCAAUGAUUUGGAAAUAUGAUUAAUUCUUCCCUUUCUUUAACACUUGUUAGAUACAACCAAUAAUAUAGCAGAGUAACUUGUUGAUUAUAUGCAUUUUCAAUUUUAAAUCUUAAUUUUUAUAUAACUUCAUGUUUGGAACAUCCACCAGUAAUAACAUAUAAUGUAAUGAAUUUGUAGUGAAACGAAUAACAUGACAUAAUAUUUUCAUGUUACGUACAAAUAAACGCUUAAUUUAUAAUUUAAAUAAAAUACUAUAAUUUAAAUCGAUCUGAAAACCAAACGAAAAAUAAAAAAGAUAAAAAUCGAUACUGAUUGAUUUGUAUUGUUAAUCUUUAACUUAUGGUUUUUGUUAAUACUAUGUGUUCAUCAGAUUCUUAUAAUGUAAUAACAUUUAAUAUUAAGCACUUUGCAUAAACACAUGCUUUUAAGGUGAGGAGCUUGGAAAGGGCAGGUUCGCUCGACAAAAUCAAUCUGUUUAACGAUUCAAAAAAAAAAAAA